CCGUGUUCAGAAGUCGCGCCUCGACGAGUCCGGUUCGUUGCGGACUCCCAUCUCCUCUCGUCCACCGUCGUCGAACUCAGGCAGACUCAGCCUCCCCCUCCCACCUUAAGCCUCCACACCACCUCUUCACACUAGCAACCAUGUCUGGACGCGGAAAGGGCGGAAAGGGCCUCGGGAAGGGUGGUGCGAAGCGUCACCGCAAGAUUCUGCGUGACAACAUCCAGGGUAUCACGAAGCCGGCUAUCCGCCGUCUCGCGCGUCGUGGCGGUGUCAAGCGUAUCUCUGGCUUGAUCUACGAGGAGACCCGUGGUGUCCUCAAGAUCUUCCUCGAGAACGUCAUCCGUGACUCGGUCACGUACACUGAGCAUGCCAAGAGGAAGACCGUCACGGCUCUCGACGUCGUCUACGCCCUCAAGCGCUCUGGCCGCACCCUCUACGGGUUUGGUGCUUAAGCCGUCUCUGGCCCUCUCUGUUCAAACUGUCCUGACAGCUUGUAUGCCGCG